UACCCGGCGGUCUCGGUAGUCAGCACACGGGCAGGGCCAGGGUGGAGAGCGACAGAACUGGAGCGAGUCGAGUUGAGGCGUGGAGAGGCGCUGGUUGUCUAGCUUUAGCGUACAUGAGAAGAAACGUAAAGAAAUCAACACUGGGCAGUUUUUUCCAAUUAUUAUUAUAGUAGGCUAGCCGAUCAUUAUAUUUAUACUACCGCCAUCGAGCAAACUAUGGCCGAUGUAGACAAGCUCAACAUAGACAGUAUAAUCCAGCGCCUUUUGGAAGUAAGGGGGUCUAAGCCUGGAAAGAAUGUGCAGCUGCAGGAGAACGAGAUUCGGGGGCUCUGUCUGAAGUCACGAGAGAUCUUCCUGAGCCAGCCCAUCCUGCUGGAGCUGGAGGCGCCCCUCAAAAUCUGCGGUGACAUCCAUGGGCAGUAUUACGACCUGCUGAGGCUGUUUGAGUACGGAGGGUACCCCCCGGAGAGCAACUACCUGUUCCUGGGGGACUACGUGGACCGGGGCAAGCAGAGCCUGGAGACCAUCUGCCUGCUGCUGGCCUACAAGAUCAAGUACCCCGAGAACUUCUUCCUGCUGCGCGGGAACCACGAGUGCGCCUCCAUCAACCGCAUCUACGGCUUCUACGACGAGUGUAAGAGACGCUACAACAUCAAGCUGUGGAAGACCUUCACUGACUGCUUCAACUGCCUGCCCAUCGCAGCCAUCGUGGACGAGAAGAUCUUCUGCUGCCAUGGAGGCCUCUCCCCUGACCUGCAGUCCAUGGAGCAGAUCCGAAGGAUCAUGCGCCCCACGGACGUGCCGGACCAGGGCCUGCUGUGCGACCUGCUGUGGUCGGACCCGGAUAAGGACGUUCUGGGCUGGGGGGAGAACGACCGCGGCGUUUCCUUCACGUUCGGUGCAGAGGUCGUGGCCAAGUUCCUUCACAAACACGACCUGGACCUCAUCUGCCGUGCCCACCAGGUGGUGGAGGAUGGGUACGAGUUCUUCGCCAAGAGGCAGCUGGUGACCUUGUUCUCAGCGCCCAACUACUGCGGGGAGUUUGACAACGCGGGCGCCAUGAUGAGCGUGGAUGAGACUCUGAUGUGCUCCUUCCAGAUCUUAAAGCCUGCGGAGAAGAAGAAGCCCAACUCCAGCCGUCCGGUGACGCCGCCCAGGAACAUGGUGACGAAGCAGGCCAAGAAAUGAGGCCUGAGGGCGGGACGCGCUGGACCAGACUUUAUCCCCACUCAUUCGCUCGGAUUCAUUUGGUCUUUAAUGGUCUCUCCAACUCAAGAAUGUUGGCUGCCUUUUUUUAUAUGUACAUAGUGUUUUGUUUUAUGUUUUUAUGUUCAUUUAAAUUUUUAUUUUUUGGCUGUGACUGGGGGAGGGAGCUGUUGUGGAAAUGGUUGUUCCUCAUCGACUGACCGACUGACCGUCUUGCUGACUGACUGACAGUCUGUCAGUUGAACUCCUGCUGCGAUGAUGACGUUUUAUGGCUAGAGGACUGAAGGACUUAACAGACUAGAGUAGUCACAGCCAUUCGGUUUUUUUUUUCCCCCCCCACCCUUCUGCAGCAGCCCAGAAAGUUUGUUUCUCCAAAAACGUUUAUUUUUAUUUUUUAAUGUUCCUUUUUAAUUUCAGUCUGAAUGACUGAUUUAUCUUAUCGAUCAUUAUCGUAAAUCAGAGAAACUAACUUAAGGAAAAAAAAAAAGAAAGAAAGAAACUUUCAGGUUUUGUGCAUUUGUCAGUCUGCCACAUUUCCGAGCGCGCUCAGUCCGUCUCUCCGGGAGAGAGGCGGGGCUUACACAGUCACAUGGUGAUGCUCAGGGCUGGUACCACACCCCCACACUGACCUGGAUAUAAUCUCCACCCACACCCCCACAUGCAGCCCGUCAUCACUUAUCCAAUUAUGGAAACAUUUUUUCCAAACAAAUUCUUGAAAAAGAAAAAAAAAAAUGAAAAAAAAAAAAAAACACUGUGAGAAUAAUUAAAUCUUACACCUCUUGAGAUUUAAACGAGAAGCUUUUUGGGGAAUUAAAAAGGUUUUUUAGAGAAAAUAGGAUGACUUUCUGUCCCCACACUUCUCUAAGGAGAAAGUCUGAGGAGAUUCCCUGUUUAAUGCAGCCGUAUCACUCAAGUGCUGUCUUUGUUUUGUUUGAAAUACUUCCUGUACUGUACUCUUUAAACAAAGUUGUUCUUGUAAUGUUACCUGUCCCUCACUAGCAUCAUGAUCUUUUCUCUUUUCUUUUUUUUUCAUUGUAGCCUGAUUUGAAAAGGGAUUUUUAGAAUGCCAUCACCUUUUAAAUUUAAGACAUUCCUCAAGCUAUGCGAAUUUUAAGAGUAGCAAGAUAAAAUUAAGUUAAUGACAAAAAACGCCAUCAGUGAGUAAUGUAUCCUCACGGGAGCAGACAUGAAAUGAGUGUUUCGACACGUUUUUCUUUUCUUUGCUUCAUGGCUUUGGAAAUAGGAGUUUUAAUGUAAGAACCCUCACAGGUACAGGCAUGAGGAAGGGCAUCUCAAGGACUUUGUGUUGCAUGCAUCUAAACGUGAUAAAUUUAAACAUGGCCUUUUUCCUUUUCCGGGCAUGUAUACUUUAGCAUGUCUUAAGAUAAUGUAGCUUAACUCCAGGAAUCUGUCAUUUGUAACUGAUCUUUUUUGAAUAUUUGAAUUUUUUAAGUUUCAUUUGAACUUCAUCAUAUAUCAUUAAACUGUGUAUAUAUACAUAUAUGUUAGUUUUGUUCAGUUUGGGCAAUAACACAUUUUUUUCCACAGUUAAGCAAUUGUAUACUUGUUUUAAUAAAGAUUAUGGAUGGCAGGUGGUCAGCUA